AUGGGGGAUGUGACGUUGGCAUACAAUCCGAGCAUGCCUGAGGAUGGCUGGAGAGCUGUUGUGGCAGAUUCAGCAGAUGUCAAGGUUGGCGGCUCCUCCUGCUGCACUUCUUGGGGCUGCGAGCUAAUUGUGGCCUCGGGAAGGCCCACACCCUUUGCGCGGCAGGUGGCUGCAUUUCGCUUUCACAAGUCCGCCUCAGAUCCACUCUGGUAUCAUGGCGCCUGGCGACAACUCCCGGAGCUCCAGUACGCCCGGGUGGGAGGUGCCAUGGCGGUCAUGGAUGGCCUGCUGUACAUCACCGGCGGCGUCUGUGAGUCGACGGGGCAAUUCCAGGAUACUGCGGAGCGUUUGGACAGCGACGGCCAGGAGUGGAGGAGCAGCUGGACCAGAAAUGGGAUACAUCUCCGGUGA